AUGACACUGGUCGCUUGUUUUCUGCUUGGUAGCGUACUGACCUACUGCCUGGUUACCCUCAUCUAUCGUCUUCAUAUUCAUCCAUUGAGCAGAUUCCCGGGGCCCCGCCUCGCUUCUGUGACGGGUCUCUAUGAGGUAUAUUUCUCCGCCGGGGGUGCCAGCUCCUUCAAUGACGAGAUUGCAAAAAUGCACCUGAAUUAUGGUAACUCUCCACAUACUCCACCACAUCGGAAAGACUCGUCACUGACUACGGCAGGUCCUGUCGUUCGCAUUACUCCAGACGAGAUCCACGUCCAGGAGCAGCCUUACAACACUAGCUACGCAGAUUGCUGGAUCAAAGGUACCAAAGUCUUGGGCCCCGGAUCUCGCCAAUUGGGUGUAGGCUCUGGGAGCUUCCAAUUUGGGAAGCGAUCGGUUUCUAGACUUCGAUCGAUCCCCGAUGUGGAGGUCAGUCAGAUCAUCCGGGGCCUGUUACAAAAGCAUUGGACCCACCAGGUGUUCAACUCAUGGAUGCGACCGUUCUUCCCAGCUUUCAGCCUCCCUGUGAUCCAUAUGAAUCACUCGAAUCAGAGCGACCUGGAAGAGGGACAUCAGAGUGCUUUGUUCUCCCCCGAACCCUCGGUCUGA